UCACCUCCGCUGGGCAAGUUGCAGAACCGCCUGCAUCGAAACUUUGAGUACCACACUCUUGACUCUCUGGUAUGAACUCAUCCGCUGGUUUCGGAGCUUUCUGAUCCACGAUUCGGGUGACCACAUACCUACCUAGCCCCCCGCCCUUCUUUUCCCUUCCCUUGAGUCGACCCCCUGCUCUUGCCAUGCGCUCCCACCAGAUGCAAACACGAUAGUCAGUUCGGAGCCCUCGCGCUCAACACCCCCGCCAAAACCAUGGCAAGCGUGACACCCGAUCUCUCACGAGGGCCGGUCCUUCUCUCCUUCUCCGUCGGGACGGCGAGCUUUGCCUUCUCGACCACCAUUGUCCGCUUCUGUGUGCGGACGCGGAUCAGUAAUAGCCUUGGUGCCGAUGACUACGCAAUCGCGGUGGCCACGGUCGUGGCCGUGACAGGGACGAUAUUCAGCGUGCUCGAGAGCUCCAUGCCCGACUCGGCGCGAGCGUUGGAAUUCGACGUUCUGGGGCAGCCGUUGUUCAUGAUGGGGUCGACGCUAAGCAAGAUCUCGAUCUGUCUAUUCUUCAUCCGCCUCCUGGGCAGCGCGCGCCACUGGAGGAUAUUUCUCGGAGUCAUGAUCUUCCUCAUGGCCGUCGUCAACCUCGCCUUCUCCCUGACCACAAACCUCCAAUGCCGCCCGCUGGAGAAGCUGUGGAACCCGGCGACCACAGGUGUCUGCUGGGACCCGAGCGUGCAGCUUAACUUUGGCUAUUUCCAAGGAGCCUUUUCCGUCUUCACUUGGUUCUUUCUCUCCCUCUUCCCGGUCACCGUCAUUCGAGACAUCUACAUGCAGGGCAAUCUGAGAUGGCCGUUCUACAUCCUCUCCGGUCUCAGUCUUGUCGUGGGAGUUUUGGACACAGUGAGGACGUACGAGACGUCCCAAAUUGGCGGCUUGAGUGUGUAUACGUACGAUACAUUUGUCGCGAGUCUCAUGGCGAUUCUCGAGCAAAACGCGGGCAUUGUCGCUGCCAAUGUCUUGCCAAUGGGCCCUCUGUUCUCCCGGAGAGCACGCAGAGCGGCCACCAUCCGAGCCAAGACACCUAGCUUUGGAGGCAGCACAAGGUUGAGCAUGGGCAAUACUUCGAUAGCCAGCUCUAGGACUCCCUCCAACCACUCCAGAGCCCCCUCCAUCCAGUCUAGGAUGUCGGGUCAUUCCAGAUCGACUUCGAGUCGCUCCUUAUCAUUUGCGGAUCCUAUGCGGAACAGUACAUUGCCAAUCGAGGGUCCCAGGAGAGUGAGCUUCGACACGUCAGGGAGCCAGGAGUGGCAAGCCGAGGCCUACGAACUCGAAAACCAGGGCGGCCGGGGCGUGCGGGACUCCUACGACCCCGAGGCCUGGCCGAAGGGCAUCAUCAAGACAGUCAGCGUCGAGGUCGUCGAGGAAGACAACCCUGACAUCCCUGAGGGAGCGAAGAUCGUCACUGUCAGCGACGUCAACGUGGAGCAGGAUUGGGAGGCCAUGCUACGUGCCGGGCCGGACCAUGAGUGAUACGCCAGUUCGUUUUGUUCGGCCGCUUGAUAAUGCAUAUCGUGACUUGGGAGCAUUGGCGUUGGGAAGAGAGGGUUAUCUACCUAUCCACAUUGGGCGUUUUGUCAUUCUUUUAUAACCAGGUUGCCGAUAGAUGAUACCCUUGUACGAAUAUCGAUCUCAUAGCAGAUUACACUGGGAGCAUGGUAUGACAAUAGAUGGGGUUGGGAAUGGGCAUGAGAUAAACGGAUCGCAAUAAUAUCAACCAUCAUAUUUGCUGAGACAAAUCAUGGCCGAAAUAAUAUCAACGAGCUGCGCUUGUAUUCAAAGAG